CCGAGCAGGCUCACAAGGUGGUUGCGAGUUACAAACCCUCCAAGUUCGACAAAAAAAUCCUCCUCUGGACUGGACGUUUCAAGACAGAAGAAGAGAUUCCUCUGAGGAUCCCGCCAGAGAUGCUAGACAGGGCCCGAAACAAAGCGCGAGUUAAAGCGUGUUACAUCAUGAUUGGCCUCUCAAUCGUCGCUUGCUUCGCGGUGAUCGCCUCGGCUAAGAAGGCUGCCGCGCGUCACGAGUCCCUCACCAGCUGGAACCUGGCGAAGAAGGCCAAGUGGCGGGAAGAGGCCGCACUCGCCGUGGAGUCGAAGACAAAGUAA